AUGUUUAUUUACCUGUUAUACACCCUUUUAUACGUAACUUUAAGCAAAUCCGAAGAACUGUUGAUAAAGGACUCAGGAGUGGGAUUUAUUGAUGAAGACGACAUUGCCAUGAUAUUCUAUGUCACUCUGGAAAACAGAUCUGUGAAGGACUUUGAGGUUUCGGUUUGUAUGGGGCAGUGCUGCGACACGACAAACCCUAAUGUGAUAGACUGCAACUCUACGUUUCUGAUUGGUGGAGAUAUGGGUAUUCUAAAUUCCAAGCGUACUAAGAACGUUACUCUUAUUUAUCCGAAUUUGUAUCUCACGGAUAGACAGGGCCAGUGCAUUGUUAAUAUACGUUAUCGAAAUGAUGUUCUCAUGAGACAGAAGAUGACAAGAAUCAAUUUCAACACAAAUGUACCCAAUGAAGAAGGAUGUGAAUGUCAAUCAGUGGAUAUGGAUCCGACAAAGAAUUGCAGACCGGUGGACUGCGUGAUCAAAUAUUUAGGAAUGAGGAAUUAUUUCGACUUCAAACGCAUGGAAUGCACAUCUGUGACCAAAUGCAUAUCUCCCCCAGAACAAUGCGUACCAGAAAUUGGUUAUUCAAUUGCACUUAACAGCUGUACCGAUCUUAAUACUACCAUUGGAAAAGACGACUUACACUUCUUAGAUAGCAAUAAGUCAGAAUUACACCAGUGCACGAAUUGUCCACCAAGCAAUAUGAUCUGCCAUCAUGGUUCUACGGAUACCAACGGGCAAUGCGAAUGCGACACGGGUUGGACCACCACUACUGAUGAAGAGAUGUAUUCACCCACACUGUUGCUCUACCACAUGUGCAACGUCGAGGUAGGCGCAUGGAACUGUGUCAACAAACGGAAAAUUAAAACAACGACCAUUUUAAUAGCGGUGUUUGCCAUUACCAUUGCCUCUAAGAUCCUUAUCUUGAUGUGCAUUCUGAACUGGUGCUACAAGCGUUACAGACAAAAGAAGGAACAAAUCUGCAGCAACAAAUUAGACCCUGACAGAGAAGAGAUAAUACUCUGCGAGGAUAUGCAAGAACUGGAGGAAUGCAAGUGCGAAACAUCGAAACAGAACUCGCAUUUCUUGCAGACCCAAACUGUGAACGUCAGCUACUAUCCCUGCUUGCCUAGCGUUUUCUCUAGCUUUCGCGGUUCCAUUGCGUCGGCCGAAUGUAAUAAGUGUUCCUUAAACAGUGAAGAAAGCAUCGAGUUGAGUAAGACUACCUCUUCCCUUCACGAUUAUACUGAGAGUGAAAGCGAAGCAGCUACGGUUACCGAGCAAGAGGAAGGAAACGAUGAAGAAUUCUCUGGGGAGGGGGAAGAAUGCAGUGAUCUGGAGGAAACAAAGAGCGGUGAGGAUUUGUACGGGGAGGACACCAGAUCGGAUAUUGAGGACUGCGGGGGGAUGUGUGAGGAACCUUGCGAACAGUCUGACUUUACAGGGUAUUCGACUUAUGCCAGCAGGAGGGGGUCUUCUUCGACUAAAAGUAAAAGUAUGUCUGCGGCACGGAAGUCCAGGAGUUCAACAAAUAUUGACUGAUUUUUGUGUUCCUGCGUGUCUAUAUUGUUUUUAUACUGAUGAAAAAUAUUUAUAUUUUAAA